UUUUUUUUCUCUUUUCUUUUUCUUCUGGAUUUAUUGAGCUUGUUUCACCCAAGUCACAUGCCAGUGUUUUCGUUAGAGCGAUAAAAACUAGUGUUUUGUUGUACGGGAAGAUACAAUCUUGGCCUUAGAUUUGUAAUAUUUUAUCUGGGGAACUAGACCAGACUGUUUUUGUUUUUGUUUUGUUUUUUGGUUAUAUAUAUCAGUUUCUUUCACCUGUUGAUGCUCUUUUCUCUCCUGCUUGGGCGAGUGAAGAGGUGAGAGAGCAUAUAAAAGCUUGAGGCUUGAUUUCUGCGUUUCUUGGAGAAUUUGUCUUCAAAAAAAGAAGGGGCAGCAGUGGAUUUAUGUCGUCUGGGUUUAUUCUGGCAGUGAUUGGGGCUCCGUUGAAGCUCUUCAUUGUUUAUGUUUCCGUUUUUUUCUUCCUGACUCGCUUAGUGUUCUACUGUUGCUGUAUGCUACACUGCAUCCUGAGCCACAAUACUGUGAACCCAUCUGUUUCAAUGCGAUUGAGACCAAAAAGGACUUGUUGUGGAGUGGAGUGUUUCGGAGGCUUUCACAUACAAAGAUUUUCUUAUCUCUUCAUAUUCUUAAGAGGGGAUUUCACCUGAUACCUUGAGAGAUUUUGUUACCCUUUUUUUCUUCGUUUCUUCCUUUGAGAUUUCCUUUCUUUGAUUCCAUUUGGUUUCCUUUCUGGGUAUUCUGAGGGGUUUUUGGAGGGUUUUUCUUUCUCAUUUUUUUUCCACCAUGCCCGAGUCUCGGAAACAACCGGCUUCUAGACCGAAGCAAAAGCUUCAUCACCACUCCUUGCAAGAGUCCAAGGCGAUGAGAAAACUUCGCAUCAUUUGCGACGAUCCUGAUGCUACUGAUUCAUCCGAAGAUGAGACUGAGAAGGUUCAGAGCCCGAGAAGAGUUAAAAGAAACGUGUCUGAGAUCUCUCUUCCCCCUCUUCCUCCACCAUUCACCACCACUCCUGAAACCAGCUCCUGUGAGGUGAAUAGCGGCAAAAAUGCAACAUUGAAGGGUUUCAUUGAAGGUCAACCCCAGAGUAAGAAGAGGGUUUUGACUCACCCCCCAUCAACAAGGAGGAACACUUCUGGGAAAUUCAGAGGUGUUAGGCAGAGAAAAUGGGGUAAAUGGGCUGCAGAGAUUCGUGACCCCUUUCAGAGUACUCGUAUAUGGCUCGGCACUUUCAACACUGCAGAAGAGGCUUCCCAAGCCUACGAGGCCAGAAGGCUUGAGUUUGAGGCUAUGGCAGAGGCUCAAGCUUACAAAACUAGUUCUGUUUCUGAACCUUUGGCUACAAUUUCUGAUAAUAAGAGUAACUGCUGUAACUCUUCUGCCGCUGCUAUCUCCGCCGCUGCCGUCUCCGCCGCUGAUGUGUCUGUAUCUGAGAAGUUUUCUACUACUUUUGAUGACUUAGAAGAGAGUGUGUUGUCUCACAAUUCACCAUCCUCUGUGCUAGAGUUGGAUACAUUGGCUUCCAAAUCCCUUGAGAAGGGCAAUGUUUCAACCGAGGAAGCUAUUGAGGCUAAUGAUUUGGUGGCUGAACUUGCAGGGUUAGAGGUACCAGAUGUCAGUCUGUUAAACUUGUUACCACCACCAUCUGAUUCUGGUGGUGCAGCUGCUGCUGUUUCAUCUGGGAUUGAGCCAAACUUUGGGCUUGAUUUUGAUUGGCUAUCGUUUAAUGAUUAUGGACAAGGUUUUGAUGAUUUCGGUGGCUUGGAAGAUAUUCAUAUUGGUGGGUUUGAUGACAAUGAGCCUACUGAGCUUCCUGAUUUUGAUUUUGGUGAUUUUGGUGCUGAUGAGUUUGCUGGUUGGAUUGAGGAGCCCCUGAAUAUACCUUGUGCCUAAGUUUUGCAGAACUACGUAGGAAUAUGAGGCUAGAUUUCUACAAUAUUAUAAGUUUUGUUAUUUAUAAGUUAGUCUUUCUGUGAGAUCUCAGGAAUGAUGAGUUAGUUUUUCUGUGGGAUCUCAGGAAUGAUGAGUGAGUGAAUGGUUACUAUAUGCGUUUUACAUUUCAUUUGUUUUUGAUGGAGUUGUUAGUUAGAGCAGUGAGAUGGUGAGAGAAUCCUUUGGGUUUUCCCGUGCUGUUAAAGAGCCGUCCAAGGGAAUCUCGAACCAUGAUACUAUGUCGUAAUUUCAAGGUUCUUCAAUGGCAGAGUAUUAAUGGAAUGAAAGUUAAUGUUUUGCAUCGUUUUU